CACUGUGUGUGUUUUAGGACAUAUAUUAAUCCCAUCAUCCCCCUCUUUAUCGUAACACACACACAUAUCAGAUUACACAGCAGUAUUCUCAAGGGUCGCGAUGAGGAGAUUAUUCAGACAUCAUUUAAUGGAUUAAGAGUUAAGAAGAAUACCAUCAGAGUCUCCUUCAAACACACACAUACACACACACACACACACACACACACACAGAGGGAUUAAGUGUGUGUUUGCGUUGUGUAACAAAGGUUAAAGUCCAAUUUUAUUGUAAAGAGCAGUUAGUGAAUCACAUCUAUGUGCGUCAUGUUGAAUCUGAUGCAGUCUGACUGCUGCACAGACUCACCUCCAGAUGAACAGCUGAACAAAUGCAAUGUUUAUUUUAUAACACACACAAAGACAUUAAAAUCUCUUCCACAUGACAGUAGUUUAGAGGAGUGUUUGUGUAUGAUGUGUAAACCCAGAAGAACAUUUAAUUGCUCAGAGGUUGUGCUUUCAUUACGCAAGAAACUUCAUGGAGUUCUUUAAGCAUCAACCUUGUCUCUUUUUUUUCUUUUCUCCCAUUUUCUCCUCAAUUUGGAAUGCCCAAUUCCCAAUGCGCUCUUAAGUCCUCAUGGUGGUGUAGUGACUCGCCUCAGUCCGGGUGGUGGAGGAUGAAUCUCAGUUGCCUCCGCGUCUGAGUCCGUCAAUCCGCACAUCUUAUCACGUGUUGAGCGCGUUACCACGGAGACGUAGCGCGUGUGGAGGCUUCACGAUAUUCUCUGCGGCAUCCACGCACAACUCACCACGCGCCCCACCGAGAGCGAGAACCACAUUAUAGCGACCACGAGGAGGUUACCCCAUGUGACUCUACCCUCCCUAGCAACCGGGCCAAUUUGGUUGCUUAGGAGCCCUGACUGGAGUCACUCAGCACACCCUGGAUUCAAACUCAUGACUCCAGGUGUGAUAGUCAGUGUCAGUACUCACUGAGAUACCCAGGCCCCCAGAUGUUUCUUCUAAAAUUCCUUAGUAGAAAUAAAAAACGAGUUAGUUGGCAACCGAUCUGAAUGUUGGCUACGACGAGGGCACCGACAGUCUGUUCCUCGUGUCUCCUCUGGUCAUUGUGCAUGAGACUGAUGAGGACUCGCCGCUCUGGACGAUGAGCAGGGCGGAUCUCGUGUCGGACGACUUCGAGAUUGUUGUGAUUCUUGAGGGAAUGUCAUGUGGUGAAACUUUUGAGGAGUCUCAGGACAAACAUCUGAGAAGCAAAGACCCAAAUUGCUCUCCAAAUCUCAUUUCUAUUUAGGAGAAACUUCUGAGAUAUUAAAGAAAUAUUGUUGGUGAUUUUUCUUUCCCAGUGGCGUGUGAUUGAGUGAUGUCUGUAAUGAGUGACUGACUGUCAGAGCACAGAAAAAUCUCCCUUCAGCUAUAAUCUAAAUCAAAUCAUUUAGUCACUUCACAUAUACACGAGUGUCAUGAUGGAUGAUAAUCUUGAUGCUGCUCCACAACACUGCAGGCGUGAAGUGACAUGAACACAAUGUACAGGAAACACAACAAUUAAAAGUAUGUGCACCACAUCUUAUUUACAAAAAGUGCAUUAUUCACUCUACAACAAAUACACAAAAUUGGAAAGAGUAAACAUUGUAUGACUGUUAUCUAACCAUGUUAUCUAAUGCAAUGUCAAUCACACCUAUUUAAGGGUGACUUUUUGGCACCAUCAUAAAUCUAAAUAUAAAAUGUUAUUUCUAAAUCUUAAAACUUGAGUGUUAAAUUGAAAUCUGAUCAUUUAAAGAGCAUGCAGAUUAGUGACACCCAUGAUGUUCUUGCUAGCUUGUGAGUGUGUGUGUGUGUGAGUGUAUGUGUGUGUGUGUGUGUGUGUGUGUGAGUGUAUGUGUAUGUGUAUGUGUGUGUGUGUGUGUGUGUGUGUGUGAGAGAGAGAGAGAGAGACCUAUUUUAACAGCUGCUUUGACCCAAUUGAAGCUUUUCCAAACCAGAACACGAUACAUUUUGUCCACUUUUAAUUAAUAUUCUCUUCAAAACCUGUUAAACAACAUUGAAAACACAUUCAGCUUUUAAAUAUGCAUAAAUUUCAACACUGCAUUUGAUGAUUUUUCUGUGUUUCUCUCUUUCCCUGCAGGGUUUGUGUUGUGUGUAUUGUGUCAGGAUGCCGAUCCUGAAUCUCUCUGCGUAGGCUAAACGAAGCACUGUUCAGUCCUGUCAGUGAACACACAUCACACACAGCAUGGGAACCAACAGAGCCAACAGGUACAGCAUUGUUUCUCCCGAUGAGGAGAGACUGAAGAUCUCUACCCUCGGCCUUCACAGCGGCCACAGUACGAGCCGUCUGCAAUCCCCCGCCAGCGUCAUGAGUGGUGAGAGGACGAGUGUGGCGAUGGGAAACAACUACAAUGGGAAGAUCUCCACCUCUGGACGGGGUCAACUGAGGAGUCGCUUCGUAAAGAAAAACGGGAAAUGCAACGUCGUCUUUUCCAAUAUGGAUGACAAGCCAUGGCGGUACCUCGCGGACAUCUUUACGACCUGCGUGGACAUUCGUUGGAGGUACCUGCUGCUGAUCUUCUGCUCAACGUUCCUGGUGUCCUGGCUUUUCUUUGGCAUUAUCUUCUACAGCGUCUCGUUGGUUCACGGAGACUUUGAUAAGGAUCGUAGAGUUCGAAUCCCGUCUGGGCAACAAAAGGAGUGGAAACCGUGUUUGCUGCACGUUGAAGGCUUUGUUGGGGCUUUUCUGUUCUCCAUUGAGACCCAGACAACUAUUGGCUACGGCUGGCGCUGCGUCACUGAAGAAUGUCCCAUUGCGAUUGUGACUGUGGUGGUGCAGUCCAUUGUUGGAUGCAUAAUUGACUCCUUCAUGAUUGGCACCAUCAUGGCCAAGAUGGCGCGACCAAAAAAGAGGAACCAGACGCUGCUUUUCUCAGAGAAUGCUGUGAUUGCGUUGAGGGACGGAAAACUGUGUUUGAUGUGGCGUGUGGGGAACCUGCGUCGGAGCCACAUCGUAGAAGCUCACAUUCGUGCACAGCUCAUACGACCCCACAUCACGGCAGAGGGCGAGUUCAUUCCUCUCGAGCAGACCGAUCUGAACGUCGGCUAUGACGAUGGCACUGACAGACUGUUCCUCGUGUCUCCUCUGGUCAUUGUACAUGAGAUUGACGAGGACUCGCCGCUCUGGACGAUGAGCAGGGCGGAUCUCGAGUCGGACGACUUCGAGAUUGUCGUGAUUCUUGAGGGAAUGGUUGAAGCAACAGCCAUGACCACGCAGGCGCGCAGCUCGUAUCUUUCUCGGGAGAUCCUUUGGGGUCAUCACUUUGAGCCCGUUAUUUUUGAGGACUGCGACCGCUACCAGGUUGAUUAUGCGCAUUUCCACAAAACGUAUGAAGUUUUAUCAACGCCCACCUGUAGCGCUAAGGAGCUGAGGGAUUUAGUUGGUCGUCGGUCAUCAGCAUCGUCAUGUUCUGUGACACCCAUCAGCCAGCGGGCUCAAACCCUGCUGCCACCUCACUCGCCCAGCGCUUUCUGUUACGAGAACGAGGUGGCGCUGUGCUGUGGAGAAGAAGAUGAGGAGCGAUUGGAGGAAGGACGGUCAUAUUUGGCCAGCAUUCCCACAGACUUCCAGAAAAUGUUCCAGGAUACAGCCACAAUGACCUCUAACAGUAACGUGCUGUGUGUGUUUGACAUGGACAACCAGAUUGAGUUUGACAUUUUACAGACUGCAAUACCGCUCGACCCAAUGACCUAUAAGAGCGAGUCUGAGAUAUGAUGGGAUGGAGGUGUUUCCAGGACAACCCCUCCAU